AUGGAGAACAAAACCAUCCAUUGUUUGGUGGUACCAUUUCCAGCACAUGGUCACAUUAAUCCAAUGUUAGAAUUCUCCAAGCUUAUACAACACCAAGGAGUAAGAGUAACACUUGUGACAACCCUUUCAAACUACAAAAACUUACCAAAAUUGCCAUCUUCCAUUACGAUCGAGACAAUUUCUGAUGGUUUGGACCAAGUUAUAACACCAAAGAAUUUCAAACACUACUUGAGUCAAUUUUGGGAAGUUGGUCCAGAAUCUCUUGCUGCUCUUAUCAACAAACUUAAUGGUACAUCAAACAACCAUGUUGAUUGUGUUAUUUAUGAUUCAUUCAUGCCUUGGUGUCUAGAUGUUGCAAAGAGAUUUGGAAUUAUUGGUGCAUCUUUUUUGACUCAAAAUCUUGCUAUGAAUAGUAUAUACUAUCAUGUUCAUUUGGGAAAGUUGAAACCUCCCUUUGCUGAGCAAGUGAUAUCUCUUCCUGCACUUCCUCAACUACAGCAUAGGGACAUGCCUUCUUUUUACUUUACCUAUGAACAAGAUCCAAGUUAUCUUGAUUUAGUUGUGGCCCAGUUCUCUAACAUUGAAAAAGCUGAUUGGAUCCUUUGCAAUUCAUUCUUUGAGCUGGAGAAAGAGGUAGGUGAUUGGACAAUGAAGAUUUGGUCCAACUUUAGGACCAUAGGGCCUUCCAUACCAAAUAGAUUUUUAGAUAAGAAAAUUAAAGAUGAUGAAGAUUAUGGUGUUUCAGAAUUCAAAAAUGAAGAAUGUAUAGAAUGGCUAAAUAAUAAGCCAAAAAGGUCAGUUGUUUAUGUUUCUUUUGGGACUAUAGCAACACUCAAUGAAGAACAAAUAGAAGAAGUAGCACAUUGUUUGAAAGAUUGUGGAAGUUACUUUUUAUGGAUUGUGAAAACCUCUGAAGAGACUAAGCUCCCAAAAGACUUUGAAAAGAAAUCAGAAAAUGGCUUGGUUGUGGCAUGGUGCCCCCAAUUAAAGGUUCUAGCUCAUGAGGCAAUAGGGUGUUUUGUAACACAUUGUGGUUGGAAUUCAACAUUAGAAGCAUUGAGUUUAGGAGUUCCAAUUGUUGCAAUACCACUUUGGUCAGACCAAGGCAUUAAUGCAAAGCUUGUUGUAGAUGUUUGGAAAGUGGGAAUAAGAGCUUCUAUUGAUGAGAAGGAAAUAGUGAGAAAAGAGGCUUUGAGGAAUUGUAUAUACAAAGUCAUGGAGAGUGAUAAAAGCACGGAGAUUAUGAAUAAUGUCAUGCACUGGAAGAAUUUGGCUGCAAAAGCUGUGGGUGAAGAUGGAAGUUCUUAUAAAAAUAUUAUAGGUUUUGUGAAUAGCUUGUUUCAUGACUCAACCACAAAUUAG